AUGAUUGUGUGGGUCCAGCUGCCGGCCCUGAAAAUCCAUUUCUACCAUAAAGAAGUGCUUACGUCGUUGGGCAACUUGAUCGGAAGGACGAUUAAGCUCGACUACCAUACGCUUACUAAACAACGAGCAAAGUUUGCCAGGCUCGCGGUGGAGGUUGAUCUAUCCAAGCCUCUGGUUCCAAGGAUUUGGCUAGAUGAUGAUUGGCAAAAGGUUGAAUAUGAGAAUCUUCCCACGGUGUGCUUCGAUUGUGGCAAGAUCGGCCACCAGUCUACCGACUGCCCUCUGCUUCGGACAAGCUCUUUGAUGGCGAUCGUGACCGCCGGCGGCGGAGACACCCCGCUGGCUCCGACGGAGGAAACGUCGGAGACUAACCCGGGGUUCGGCCCCUAG